AUGGCUGAAGCACUUGCCAGAAAUCCAAUUGCUCUCCGUCGAUUCAUAACUUACGAGGCACUUGGCAAGGUGCCAGUGUUCGAAGCAUACAAAAACUUUUGUAAAAGAUUUGGAGAAGAUGUAAUGACUUAUGUGGAUUAUGAGUUUUGGUAUUAUCGAGCUCUUCAUGGAGAACUGGAUGUGAAAUAUGAUAGGAGUGUGGAUCCAAGACAGCCUGCGUUGUUGGAAUUGCCUAUGGAGAUGCUCUGGGCAAUCUUCGAGAAAGCAAAUCCAAUCGAGAGACUUAUUGUGAGAAAAGUGUGUUCAAGACUGCAAACAUGCAUUGAUACGAUGUACAACAAAAUCGACGAAAUUCGUUUUGACUCUUCUUUUGAUGGUCCCGUCGAGAUAAAGUACGAAAAGGAUGUAGUGCAAUAUCGAGGUGACAAGGGCUGCUCGGUCUUUCGAUAUUCCAUUCAGCCUCACCAUAAACCUGCAGUCGUAAAAAAUGUUGACCAUGUUGAGCAAGCUAUCCGCGAUCUCUCAAUUCUAUUCCGUAACCCAAAAAUCCUUCAAACUUCGACAGUUUUUGAAGCAUUUUCAGUUAAAAACUAUGAUUCUGAUAAAUUGUUGAAAGCUAUCAGAGGUGGAGGCAGACCAUUGUGGAAUGGUGUGGAAACAAGACCCGGAUCUUGCAUCUUCAAAAUUCCAAUCGCAAAUUCUGAUAAAUUUUGGAAACUGGAUUUGAGCGGGAAGAUGGUUCACCUCGAGCGGCGAUGA